GCGGGAGAGGUUGGGAGGGAGUGAGAGAGGGGAGAAACAUGGCCGACAGAGGCGGGGAGGCCGUGCUGGCGGGGCCGGACCUGGGCCCCGGUCCUGGGCUGGGCUCCGGCCACAACAACAACCCGCUGGCCAGGAAACUGAAUAAAAUCCUGGAGACCAGACUGGACAACGACAAAGAUAUGCUGGAGGCUCUUAAAGCUCUAUCCGUAUUCUUCACUGAAAACAGUUUACGUACCAGGAGGAAUCUCCGAGGAGACAUAGAACGGCGCAGCUUAUCCAUUAAUGAAGACUUUGUACGUGUUUUCAAGGAUGUCAAAGAGGAGCUGGAGAGUGUACACGAAGAUGUCCAGGCAAUGAGCGUCUGCUGUGAGGAUAUGACCAGUCGUUUGAAGACAGCAAAGGACCAGACCCAAGAUCUCAUCAUCAAAACUACCAAGCUUCAGGCUGAAAAUCAACGGCUUGAAAUCCGAGCCCAGGUGGCAGAUGCCUUCUUGUCCAAGUUUCAGCUGAGUCCGGAUGAACUAAAUGUCCUCCGAGGUACGAGAGAGGGACCGAUCACAGAGGACUUCUUUAAAGCUCUUGGAAGAGUGAAGCAGAUUCACAACGAUGUUAAGGUUCUGUUACGAACAAACCAGCAGACUGCAGGUCUGGAAAUUAUGGAACAAAUGGCCCUUCUCCAGGAGACGUCAUAUGAAAAGCUUUACAGGUGGGCACAAGGUGAAUGCAGAACUUUGACCCAGGAAUCCUGUGACAUUUCUACAGCACUAUCUCAGGCUAUGGAGGCUCUGCAAGACCGGCUGGUACUCUACAAGUAUAUACUGGAUGAAUUUGGCACAGCAAGAAGGAGUGCAGUGGUUCGUGGUUUUAUAGACGCUCUCACCAGAGGGGGAUCAGGCGGAAUGCCACGCCCAAUUGAAAUGCACGCUCAUGAUCCUUUAAGAUAUGUUGGUGACAUGCUGGCAUGGUUGCACCAGGCAACUGCUUCAGAGAAGGAACAUCUUGAAGCGUUACUUAAGCACGUGACUAUGCAAGGGGUGGAAGAUAACAUCCAGGAAGUAGUAGGACACAUCACUGAAGGAGUGUGCAGACCUUUAAAGGUCCGGAUUGAGCAGGUAAUUGUCGCAGAGCCAGGUGCGGUUUUACUAUACAAGGUCUCCAAUCUCCUCAAAUUUUACCACCACACUAUCAGCGGAAUUGUAGGAAAUUGUGCUGCCACUUUGCUGACAACUAUUGAAGAAAUGCACAUCUUAAGCAAAAAAAUGUUCUUCAACAGUCUGAGUCUUCACGCCAGCAAACUCAUGGACAAGGUUGAACUUCCACCGGCUGACCUGGGACCCACCACUGCACUGAACCACACCUUAUCCCUAUUGCGUGAGGUACUUUCCUCUCAUGAUUCCUCAGUUGUGCCACUGGAUGCACGGCAGGCAGACUUUGUCCAGGUGCUCUGCUGUAUAAUGGACCCUCUGUUACAGUUGUGCACUGUAUCAGCCAGCAACCUCGACACUGCAGACAUGGCAACCUACAUGGUGAACUCCCUGUACAUGAUGAAGACUACUUUGGCUCUCUUUGAAUUUACUGAUAAGCGGCUUGAGAUGCUUCAGUUUCAGAUUGAGGCCCACUUAGACACGUUAAUAAAUGAACAGGCAUCGUUCGUAUUAACAACAGGAUUGAGUCAUAUUUACAACAGCGUACAGCAGUACAAACCAGAACAGGGUCCCUUAUCUAACCUGCCUAAUGUGGACAGCGGAUCGCUAAAAGCUGCUAUGGUCCAAUUUGAUCGCUACCUGUCAUCACCAGAUAGUCUACUAAUGCCUCAACUGAAUUUUAUCUUGAGUGGGACAUUAAAGGAGCAAAUUUUCAAGCGAUCCACUGAGCUAGUGUGUGGCGCCUACAAUGACAUUUACACAGCAAUUAUCGAUCCAAACAAUCAGUACAAGGAACCAGCAUCGAUUCUGCACCGAUCUCCCCAGCAAGUGCAGACACUGCUCUCCUAAGCAGUAUCCUCGAACAAGGACUGCUGAUGUUUCCUGUCAUUUAUUGUAUAUUAUAUCUGGAUUUCUUUUUUUCAUUUAAUUUAUGAAAACUUGGGGUUUGUUACUUUAUGUAUAUUUGAUCUUUGCUUCCAUUUGUUUUGCAUCAAUUCAAUGGAACAGUUUUAACAUUAGGUCCAGCUUGGGAAAAUUCAUCUCCACCUUCACUUAAUCUUAAAUUGAUUUUAUUUUCAUUAAAUAAAUAUAUUGUGUAUGUGGGAAGGAUUCUGAUUGAUUGUUUUUUUCCAUCACUCACAUCAAACUGCUCUGAAGUUUGCAUACUACUAUUUUCCUGUCACCAGUUGUAUGAUGGUUUAGCAGAUUUCCACAGCCCCAGGUCAGUUCUGAAACCUGCAGCCCUAAAUUGGUUCAAACGUUUGAUCUUUCUUUUGCUGAGAUGUUACAGGGCUGACAACGACGCGUGUAUUUUUAUAGCACCCUUCGUGCCGGAUGGGGUCUCGGAGAGCUUACAGGCGUUACAAGCCUUUUAAAACAAGUUGAAAAUCAUUGAAUUAAAAAGGG